AGACUGAACCCAUGACUGUGGUCUUCCUCGUGUAGCUCUCUGGAGACAGGGUCAGGAUUGGGCAAAGGAGUCCCACUCUGGCUGACAGGUGCUGAGGUGUCCCCUACUCCACUGGCAAGCUCUCCGGGGCCGUUAUUGUAGUGCACAUACAGUAAAAGGCCGAUAACAUUCAGAAUGUAUACAUGGAAGAAAACCAUGACCACCACGAAGUACGCCCGAGAACAAACAUUACUUCUCUGGAUUUGCAUUCGACCAGGACGAAAGGGACGAGGGUAACGUUGUGAUAAUGGUUUAUCGCUGUCUUCAAGUUCUUCCUGCUCCAGGGCCAGUGGACCUCAGUGGUCCUGUUGAGAAGAUGGACAGGAUGAAGAUAAUCAAGCGGAGGCUGUCCAUGUCUCUACGUAGCGCUCGGCCUGUGGAUGACUCUCUGUCAGAACUGGCAGAACAGAUGGCAUUGGAUGAGCCAUCCACUGCCAGGGACAAUGAGCCCAUGGUGGUGUGCGCCCUGCACCCUCCCGCCUCACACAGUGCUCCCUCCUUCCUGCGUCAAUAUGCCAGUCAUCUGGGCCGCACCGCUCUGCGCAGAGAGCCCGGUGGGGGCCCGGAAAGAGACAGGGCCUACCUGAACCUGCACAGGACUGGAUCUCUGGGUAUCGUCCAUGAGAAUGUGAAGAUGGGUUCGGAUGGGGAGAGUGACCAGGCAUCAGGUACAUCUUCUGAUGAGGUCCAGAGUCCAGUCAGGGUCCGAAUGAGAAACAACCACCAUCGGCGCAUCUCGAAUGAGGAUAUCAACAAGCGUUUGUCUCUCCCGGCUGAUAUCAGGCUACCGGAGGGCUACUUGGAGAAGUUUGCCAUGAACAGCCCGCCCUUUGACAAGCCCAUGAGCCGCAGGCUACGACGCGCUUCAUUGUCUGAAAUCGGCUUUGGGAAACUUGAGACCUACAUCAAACUGGACAAACUAGGGGAGGGGACCUAUGCUACAGUGUUCAAGGGGCGAAGCAAGUUAACAGACAACUUAGUAGCUCUGAAAGAGAUCCGGCUGGAGCACGAGGAGGGGGCUCCCUGCACUGCCAUUCGAGAAGUGUCUCUACUGAAAGACUUGAAGCACGCCAAUAUUGUCACUCUCCAUGACAUCAUCCACACUGACAAGUGCCUGACUCUCGUGUUUGAGUAUCUGGAAAAGGAUCUGAAGCAGUACAUGGAUGACUGUGGGAGCAUCAUGAGUGUUGCCAAUGUGAAGAUAUUUCUCUUCCAGCUGUUACGAGGUCUGGCGUACUGCCACAGAAGGAAGGUCCUCCACAGAGACCUCAAACCUCAGAACCUGCUCAUCAAUGAAAAAGGAGAGCUUAAACUGGCAGACUUUGGUUUGGCACGAGCCAAGUCUGUUCCCACAAAGACCUACUCCAAUGAAGUUGUGACAUUAUGGUACAGACCACCCGAUGUGCUUCUAGGAUCCACUGAGUACUCUACACCCAUCGAUAUGUGGGGUGUUGGCUGCAUAUUUUAUGAAAUGAUCACUGGCAGACCACUCUUCCCUGGAUCCACCGUGGAAGAUGAGCUUCACCUCAUAUUCCGCAUCCUCGGUACUCCCACAGAAGAGACUUGGCCCAGUAUCACCAACAGUGAAGAGUUUAAGACAUACAAUUUCCCCCGGUACAAUGCAGAGCCUCUCGUCAACCACGCACCCAGGAUAGACAGCGAAGGUCAUGACUUGCUCGCAAUGCUUCUACAGUUUGAGGCUAAGAAGCGGGUAUCAGCUGAGGAUGCUCUCAGACAAUCAUAUUUCAGAAGCCUGGGAGAGGAGGUUCAAACACUGGCUGACACUGCGUCCAUCUUCUCUGUAAAAGGCAUUCAGCUACAGAAGGAUCCAGGGAAGAGGUCCUCAGUCUAUCCAGAAUCAGCCCAGGGGAAGAGCAGGAGGCAGAGUGUGUUGUUUUAGUGCUGGCGGGGACGCUGAGCGGAGGAGGACGGCGACACACGGAGCUGUCCUGUCAGACAUACAUUCACUGACCCUGCCACACACACACUGAAGGAGAAAAAACACACACCCUGCCGCAUUUACAUACACACCGAAGAAGAAACACACCCACACAAACAUAGAAACAAAAGACACAGAACAAUGGCUGAAGAAUUCACACUUACCUAAGAAGACUUAGGACUCAACUCUGAAGAUAGAAAAAAAAAACCAGAGAAGUGCGUGAUGCUGGAAGAAGAAAAGUGGGAGAGAACCGGAAUCUCCCUGCUGCUACUACAGCUGUUGUCCAGAAGAGGGUAGUGUUUUAGGACGUCAGCUGUUUUUUGAACUUGCUGUAUCAGUGAACUGUGAGGAAGAAGGGAUGAGAUGUGGACAUGAAAGAGAGAGCAAACCUUUCACUUUCUCCUGCGCCUUUGUUUAUUUUGUUUCAGACUUUUGCUGUACAUAAACAGACUGAGACAUACAACUUUGCUUUUGUCAUAACAUGCCUCAGCCUGAAUCCAAACUUUGAAUAUUGCACCUCAAGCCUAAACCCUCGCCUAACCUGAUGGCCCUUUAUGACAAGAUCUUCAAACAACACACACAAUCUCUCUCUUUCUCUCUCUCUUACUCUCAUCUUCUUUCUGUCUUUCUCUUUCCCUCUUUAACACUUCACAAUCAACACACACACACACACACACACACACACACACACAGACCACACACACACACACACACACACUGAUGUUUCACUUGAAAAGUUUGUAGAUCAAAGGAGUUUACAGAGAUAAAACUUUAGCACCUUAUUGUCCGGUAGAGGUCAGGGUGGCUGUCAUUACUUUACCUCAUCAGUCACUCAAGCAGAGAAGAAAGGAAAGUACAUGCUUGAUGUUAGGAAAGAAGAGGAAUCAAACUUGUAAACCAAAAAAAAAAGAAACAAGAGGUCUCCAAGCAUAAGACAGAUGUGUUAUCCUUAAUUUAUGGCAUUAGACACUACAGUUAAAACACAUUUGUUACAUGCUGUAAAAACAUACACUGCAAGAUGCUCAUGUUUCAGUAGACAUUAAGAACAGCCUGCAAGGACAGAGAGGUAAAGAAAGUGUACAAAUCACCUGCUUAUCUUAGACACCCCCUCCCUCCUCUGCCUUGACUUAGAAGUUGUCUUGAUUUGUUGUGUAUUGUACAGCUGUCCAUGUUGAAAUGUUCUCUUUUGCACCUGCUUUUACCUCCUUAGAUGACUAGACCGUUCAAACCUCUCCUCCCCAACUCCCCAACCCCGUUUAUUUUUGCUCUUUUUUUAUUUUUAAAUCUGUAUAUUUGAUCAUUUUUUUACUUGCCAGAAGCAAUGAUAAUUCCAGGAUGCUGUCCCCAGUCGUCACUGUGUUCCCUCAGUGGAACAGUUGGCGACUGGCUGAGGACGUGUUGCACAUUCCUUAGCUCAGGACUUAAUGCUUGUGUCGUUUGUGAGGUACAGAUGGUUUUGUUUGCCUCUGCUGUAGAGCAGAGUGUGUUGAAAAGUGUAAGUGAAGAAGAAGUAGAAGAAGAAGAAUCAUUUCUCAUUAUCAUCUUGUCAGUCCUCAGUAUCAUCAUUCUCUGUUAAUUUCAUCAUCAUAUUGCUGUUCAGUAACAACCUUACCCGCAUCUUUAUGUGUCAUCUCUCCAAGCAUGUUUGUGCAUUGAACACGACUUUAGUCAGUUGGUUUGUGAAAUAGCAGCAGCUGGAAAAAGAUUCAAAUUGUGCAUGGGAUAAGACCUUAUUACAUGACUUUUACACCACAUUAACCUGUAGUAGCUCCUCAGUGUGUCAGGAGAUUGUACCUUGAAUAAGACAAAGACAACACUGAUAGUUUGUAUGACAAAUGUGACUCAACUCUAGGUGUAGUACAACUGAAAGUGUGAUGAAGCCUGUCUAACUGGGCGCUGAAAUACAGCAGGACUUCAGUAUUGUGUCUUGCUGUUAUCGUUCCAGGCUGCCAGAAACAACUGGACCAAAGUCCAUCCUCCAAGCACCAGGUGUUCAAGCACACAACUGUUUCACACACCAAUCAGUAACCAUGUCGCCAUGUACUGUAUCUAUGGAUGGUCUGUGUGAGUUUUCUGUUCCUUGGGCACCUACCUUGGAUAACUUCUUUACCUGAAAGGAAUCAGAAAGGGUGAAGUAAUCCCUGGUUUUUGUCCAUCAGAAGGACUACUUAUCUCCCCAGAGUGUGACAGUACAGUAUGUAGCAUGUAUAUAGAUGAUCCUUCACUCUGUAUAUAUAAAAGUGUACAGGUUUGAUACAGGUAUUCACAUUCUGGCUUUCUUUUUUUUGUUCCUCUUGAAUGAAAGUCAUAGCAAUAUUUCUGUAAUCAAUAAAAAGCCAAGGUAAUAGGAUGAGUAUGAUUGCAUCUGUGUUUAUUUAGUGAGGGAGAAGUGACUGUGAAUGAUCAAACUGUGAGACUUGACUUAAAUGAUGACAGGAUUUUUUUUUCUUGCUGUUAAACAUGCUGGAUCCAAAAGGCUGGAGUGAAGUAUUGUGUUAAAGAGGAGUGUAACACAGUGAUUAAUUUGAUUUUUAUCAAUGAAAGCCAUAAAACGGUCACAUAUGGGUGAUAAAGGUCUGUUUGUGUGCAGGGGGUUGUGUGUACCAUGUUAGAGCACAGACCUUUAGAAGAGAAGAGGAUGAUGUACACCUGAUAAAAAUAAAAAAAACAUCAUGUA